UCCUUCAGCGUGAAGCCAUCGCCCGUCUUCUGGUACAACUCGACGUUGAUGUCGCGGGCCACGGCGAGCGUCUGGCGGUCUGCGGAGAAGGAGUGGUCCGCAAUGGGGCUGUGGAAGAGGUGGUGCACUUCGGGGGUCGGCAUGGUGAUGGUGGACGCAAUAGGAGACUCUCUACUAUUGCGAGUCGUGGAUUGGGAGCUGUGAGUUGUCAAUGUUGGAGGGGCUAUGUCGACGAGCACCGCGCCAAGCCCUGUCUUGGCUCUUCCGUCGAGCGUCCGAAAAGUUCACGAACACGGCUUCGACAUCCAGCCGUGUGCGAUCCGACGCCUCUUCACAGCAAGCGCUCGCCAUCAUGAUCCUCCGACGACCCCUUUUCAGCGCAACCUCGGCCGCCGUCUCGCUGCCAAAAACAUGCGUCCGCAACCUCCAGCACUCAAUCCCCAUGCGCCCAGUCCCGAAGCCCAUUCCCUUCAUCCCCGACCACACGGCCUUCCUCAGCGCCAUUGGCCGCGGCCUCUCCGCCCACGCCACCAAGAUCCCCUCCUGGGACGCCCUCUUCACCCUCAGCUCGCCACAGCUCAAAGAACUCGGCGUCGAGCCCGCCCGCUCGCGCCGCUACCUGCUGCAUUGGCGGGAGAAGUUCCGUAACGGCGAGUACGGCAUUGGCGGCGACUGCCAGCACGUCGUUGAUGGCGUUGCGGAGCUCAAAAUCGUCGAGGCGCCUGUCCUGCCCAAUCCUGCUCUCGGGAACACAAUGAGUCCUAGGUCUGCGGCUGCUACUGCCACGCAUGACCCUGGGACACGGAAGUUGGUUGUCAAUGUGCCUGCGGGGGCUGAGGCGCCGACUGUGUCUGCGGAUGCGUUAAAGAGGGUGCAGGGCGUGUUUGUCAAGGGCGCCAAGACCAUCAAGGGGAGCUAUGUGGAGCCAGUCAAGGGCGGCGAGGGGCUGAGGGCGAGGAUAAGGCUGCAAGAGGGCAUUUGGGAAGAGAGGAGAGGUCAUGUGGUUGAUGGUGGUGAGAGGCGGAAAGCGGAGGUCAGAGCGAAGAGGCGGGCGGCUGAGAACAAGGAGAAGGCGAGGUAGGGACUGGAUGUGUGUGAACGAAAAGCACUGGAAACCAUGUAUCAUAGGGCACGUUUUAUGGGGAAGUGUAUCAUACAAAUCUUCCACGUUGGAUCAUGACAUGGUAGAAUGUUGACGAAACUGACAUGACUCUGACUCUGAUUCCCCACAAGAAUAUCAACAGAAAUAUUUUAUAUCUCCAAGAAUAGUUCAGCUUAAACUACAAACAUCGACGUCUCGCUCAAUAAAUCCACAAACCACCACCCUUCCCCAAAACCAACGUACAUCGAAGUAUCAUUCCUCGCACCGAAGCGAAAGUGGAGUAGAUGUCUAUCAAACCCGGAUAUCACCCACCAAUCCAUAAACUCCAAACAAAAACAUACAACCAUUGUACAGAUUGCACACCACCAACCAUUCCAUCUCACCCCUC